AUGAGAACCGAAAGAGCUUCCAAGUUCGAGCAAAAAUUGCAAUCCUUAAUGGCUGAUGAAUUGGAAGAGCACCUUGCUCCCCCAGGUUCACAAAUUGCAAAUUUAAUAGAUUCACUGGAGCAUGAAACUGCCAAGGAGUCGACUGUGGUUCAAAAGAAUGCUAUGACUCCUCCCAAAGAUGAGAGAUACCUACAAGGCGACGGUUUCCAUUAUACUUCAACGUUUCAAGUUAGACCUCAUGCAGACUAUUUCGACUUCGACACCGAGUACAAUGCAAGUCGCGCUGUGCACGACGAGUAUGCAGAAGAGAUUCACCACUCGCCUGACUACGAGAUGGGCGAUGCUGCUGAGGUUAGGGGCGAGUUUGAUAAUAUGGAUACUAACAUUGACGAUGAGAAUGCUAAGAUACAAGUAAUCAUCGACAGAGUGAACAUUUUCAAGGAGGAAUUUCACUCGCUGAUUCAAAAAAUGGAUGAAGCGUCGAUUGCCUCAUCUAUUGGUCGCAGUGGCACGGCACAGUCAACUGCAAAUCCGCCAAAAAUGACCAAACUUGUAGAGGAUAUAUUGAAUUCAUUGCGAACGCUUCAACCCUCAAACAACUCUACGGUUCCUGGCAACGUCGAUCGGCCUAAACCUCAAGAUUCUGCACCAAAAUCGGGUUUUUUGCAGACUUUAUCGUUCGCCUCGACUGAAGAUGACCCAUGUGCACAACUACCUAACUUCGGUGUGAUAUUAAUUAAAUCUCCUACCUCUGUUUCACAACUGUGGGAUGAGUACACAAAACUUCCGAGUGAAUGGUCUGUGCCAGACAUGUUCAAUGUCAUGCAACAACAACAACAACAAUCCCACCCUAAUCCUUCAAAAGACAAUUUUGAGCUUAUCAUGCAACGUAAAACAUCAAUUCAAGCAUUAGAGAGAAAAUAUGGAUCGUCAUGGCGCAAUAACGAUAAAAACUUUUCAAGACAGGUAAAUCGGCGUAAAAAGAUAUGGUGUGCUAUUGAGGCAGGGUUAAAAGAUGGACUUCAACUGCACGAAUGCUUUUCGAUUCUAGAAAUGUAUGUCAAGAAACGGGGUAAAGGCCUGAGCUGGUACUACAAUGGUGUUCCCUUCAAACUCAUCGAGAUGAAAUCUGUUUAUAGUGACUCGACAUAG